UCGCGCUGCGGUUAGGGCGUGGCAACCGUUCCGGGCGCCUGAAGGAGACUUGGGAGACACCUGGGUGGGGGCCUCUCUUGGAUCGUUAGGCGCCGUCGUCGCCACCGGCACCGCCACCGCCACCGCCACUGCCAUCAGUCCAUGAGGAAGAUGCUCGCCGCCGUCUCCCGCGUGUUAUCGGGCGCCGCCCAGAAGCCGGCAAGCAGAGUGCUGGUGGCAUCCCGUAAUUUUGCAAACGAUGCUACGUUUGAAAUUAAGAAGUGUGAUCUUCACCGGCUGGAAGAGGGCCCUCCUGUUACAACGGUGCUCACCAGGGAGGAUGGGCUCAAAUACUACAGGAUGAUGCAGACUGUUCGCCGAAUGGAGUUAAAGGCAGAUCAGCUGUAUAAACAGAAAAUUAUUCGUGGUUUCUGUCACUUGUGCGAUGGCCAGGAAGCUUGUUGUGUGGGCCUGGAGGCUGGCAUAAAUCCCACAGACCAUCUGAUCACAGCCUAUCGGGCUCAUGGCUUUACCUUUACUCGUGGGCUUUCUGUCCGAGAAAUUCUCGCAGAGCUUACAGGACGAAGAGGAGGUUGUGCUAAAGGAAAAGGAGGAUCAAUGCAUAUGUAUGCCAAGAACUUCUACGGGGGCAAUGGCAUCGUCGGAGCUCAGGUGCCCCUGGGAGCUGGGAUUGCUCUGGCCUGUAAGUAUAACGGAAAAGAUGAGAUCUGUUUGACUUUAUAUGGUGAUGGCGCUGCUAAUCAGGGUCAGAUAUUUGAAGCUUACAAUAUGGCAGCUUUGUGGAAAUUGCCUUGUAUUUUCAUCUGUGAAAAUAACCGCUAUGGAAUGGGAACGUCUGUUGAGAGAGCAGCAGCCAGCACUGAUUACUAUAAGAGAGGCGACUUCAUUCCUGGGCUGAGGGUAGAUGGAAUGGAUGUCCUGUGUGUCCGGGAGGCGACAAAGUUUGCAGCCGCCCACUGUCGAUCUGGAAAAGGGCCCAUACUGAUGGAGCUGCAGACUUACCGUUACCAUGGACACAGCAUGAGUGAUCCUGGAGUCAGUUACCGUACACGAGAAGAAAUUCAGGAAGUAAGAAGUAAGAGUGACCCUAUCAUGCUUCUCAAGGAUAGAAUGGUGAACAGCAAUCUUGCCAGUGUUGAAGAAUUAAAGGAAAUUGAUGUUGAAGUGAGGAAAGAAAUUGAGGAUGCCGCCCAGUUUGCCACAGCUGAUCCUGAACCGCCUUUGGAAGAACUGGGCUAUCACAUCUACUCCAACGAUCCACCUUUUGAAGUUCGGGGUGCAAAUCAGUGGAUCAAGUUUAAGUCCGUCAGUUAAAGGGAGAGUGCACGUAUGCAUGGUUACACCUUCAGUGGGCUAUUUGACAGCAACUGUAAGGAACUCUAUUCUCAACUUUGUUAAGAAGGGAAACCCCAUAGGAAAGUAUGUAGAUUAAGCUAGUAAGUGCAUGCAGUUUAUAUAGUGUUGAAUUAGAAGAUGUUAUUGCACACUUAACUGUUUAGUGUGAACGUUAAAGGCUUUUAAGAUCUGUAUAGGUCUAAAAUAGACAGUAUAGAGUUAGCUUAACCUUCUUUCAAAUUAUUUCCUUCACGUAGUUUUAUUUGAUUUAGUUGUAUACUAUUGUAACAAGUACUUUUUAACUACUAAAAGGAAAAACAAUUCUUUGUAUGCCUGUCUGACUGCCACCUUUUUGUGGGGGGCUCUUUGUGGGGGGCUCAUUCCGUUGGCAUACUGACAUUACCCCCACAGCGUACCUUAAUGCAGACAAUAUUUAUCACAAACAGGCAGGUAGAAGGACAAUUCUGUAUUUAAAUAGGAAUACUUCAGAAUCGUUGCAAAGGCCAAAUAACUUAGAUAUCCCCAUUUAUACAGUCAUAUCAAACAUUAAAUACAAGGCAUAUUUGUAUCAAAUUUCUUUUACAAAUUUAAAUGCAAUGCCAGUUAAUAGUAACGUAUAACCUUAAACAGUGAUUUCCAGCCUUUUAUGUUAUUUUGAACUCAAAUUAUUUUGAACACCCAUUGUUGCACCUUUCCAAUGAGUGCCAUAUAGGGUGUACUAAUUUUUUCAUUGAAAUAUAUUAAAAUUUCUUUUUAAGAAUUCUAUAAUACCCUAGUCAAAAUUAGGGCUCACAAUCACUGUUCUCAGUACAUACAGUUCUACUCAUCUAUCACACACAUUAACAACAUGUUAAAAGAAACAUCUUAAACAGCAGUAAUGCUUUAGCAGCAGACACAUCAGCUCCUUGCUCCCUCUUCGCCCUGGCCCAGCUGGCUGGUUAAGCAUCAUUGUGGGUGGCCAGAGACUCCUGAGCCUGUCUUCUGUACCGGGAGACUGCAGCCCAGAGCCUGCAGAGGAGCCCACCACUACAAAACAACACAAGAGUCUCCUUUAGAGUCCAAGCAACACCACAGAAUACUUCUUUAGGUGCCCUUAUGGCAAAGACGAUAGCAUAUAAUUCUUGGCUUGUCUAGACUUGCCAUCUAGUCUUAAAAGCUUAACUAAAAUAGAAACAUAUUCUCUUCACACAUCGAUUUGUACAUCUGUUGCUGAGCAGGCCAUGUAAGAUGCUACGGGAAGGAGAAUGCAGUUUAAAGAAAGGGGUUGGGUAGAGCACGGAUGGCAGGAGGAGGAGAGCACUUCUGUCGCCUUCCUACUUCUGUCUGACUUGUCCUGCCGGGCCGUCAGCUUCUGCCACCUCGUGGCUUUUUCCAACUUCAACCUGGGGAAACUCCAAGAGUUUGGAGCUUUCUGACUAAGCCAUAGGGAAAGAUACCAGCACUUUCUUUUCUACUGCUUUAUUUAAAAGCAUAAUCACAUGAAAAAGCCAUUAUCUACAAAGUGCUUUGAGGCUAUUCUUACCGUAGUCUAAGAUAUCUUAGAUCUUCCUUAGUGAUAUCAUUAAGAAUAUCAGAAAGUGUAAAACCCUCUUCAACAAUCUGAAACAAAGAUCAAAUACAUAGAAACUAAGCACCUUUGUAAUAACAGGAAUGGGUUUUUUUUUGAGGGGUGGGGGUUCGUGUAAAUUUACCUUUUCAAUUGCAUUUGCAUCUGCUCCUUGCAGUUGUAACCAGUCUACAAGGUCUUUAUUUGUCCUCUGCUCAGGCGGGGAUGCUGGGUUCCCUGUAAUAUGUAAGGAUUAGAAAUUUGUUUUGUUGUAUAUUGAUGUGUAAUAGUAAAACUCUUCAAAAGAAGUUGGUUGAAAUAAACUUGCAGAAUGUAAAUGUGA